GCGAGCAAAGAUGGCGCUCCGUUUCAGUACUGGACAGCUCCCCAUAGACUUACACUGAAAACCGUGAAGGCGAGGUUUGAUUACAACAAGCGCGGUGUGGACUGUUGACGCUCUGACACGGUGAGUGUUGCUCGUGUCCGGCGUUGUAAGGAAAUGAUUCAUGGGCCUCGUUUCAUGCGGCGAAUAAAGAGGACGACAGACUCAGCUGCGCGAAGCUCCGCCAACAGGAAUGAAUGGAGAGAUAUGAGAGGAAAAAUGCAACGGCUGGCGCUGGCAAACGUUAACGUGACGGACUGAUGGUGGGAUUAUCCGGCCACAUCUGCUUCGUCGUCUGUCUCGUUUUAAACCUCCGAAAAAUGAGCGAAUAGCACGUUCCCCGGGUCUACGCGAAUUCAUCCUGCGAGCGUCGCUGAUACGAUUUUAUUUCAUGCAAAACCCACCCGGAUCUUCAGGUUCGAGAGGAUGCCCUCCGCUCUAGCGCUGCUCAUCAUGUCUGCGUCGUAUUUCAACCCCAGCUUUGCGCUGAGCUCACAUUUUGAUUCGGAUGGCGCCCCUCUGAGUGAGCUCUCCUGGUCGUCCUCUCUAGCAGUGGUGGCUGUGUCUUUCUCUGGCCUCUUCACCUUCAUCUUCCUCAUGCUGGCCUGCCUGUGCUGCAAGAAGGGCGAGAUUGGAUUUAAGGAGUUUGAGAAUGCAGAGGGUGAUGAAUAUCAAGCGGACAUGUCCACUCUGGCCUCGCCAGCCUCCGCUAACGGCCCUGACGUCUAUGUCCUUCCUCUUAGCGAAGUCUCGCUGCCUGUCGCCAAGCAACCCGGCCGUUCAGUCCAACUGAAGUCAACAGAUGCGACUCGUCACAGUUUGCUCUACAUUAAGGAGAUUGGGCACGGAUGGUUCGGCAAGGUGUUGUUGGGGGAGGUGAACUCUGGCCUCAGCAGUACUCAGGUGGUGGUGAAGGAGCUGAAGACGAGUGCCAGCGUGCAGGACCAGAUGCACUUUUUGGAGGAAGCACGGCCUUACCGGUCCCUGCAGCACCCAGCUCUAGUGCAGUGUUUGGUUCAGUGCACAGAGGUCACUCCCUACCUGCUGAUCAUGGAGCUCUGUCCUCUGGGCGAUGUGAAAGGUUAUCUGCGCAGCUGCAGGGCGUCAGACUCUUUGACCCCUGACCCUUUGCUCCUUCAACGAAUGGCUUGCCAGAUAGCCUCUGGCCUUCUGCAUCUCCACAAACAUGACUACACCCACAGUGAUCUGGCUUUGAGAAACUGCCUUCUGACAUCAGACGUGACUGUCAAAAUUGGAGACUAUGGGCUGUCACACAGCAAGUAUAAGGAUGACUACUAUGUGACAUCGGAUCAGUCCUGGGUGCCGUUACGCUGGAUUGCUCCUGAGCUGGUGGAUGACGUUCAUGGCAACCUGCUGGUGGUGGACCAGACCAAACAAAGCAAUAUCUGGUCUCUUGGGGUAACGAUCUGGGAGUUGUUUGAGUUGGGGAACCAGCCUUAUCGACACUACUCAGAUAGGCAGGUCCUCAGCUAUGCUGUGAAGGAACAACAGCUGAAACUGCCAAAGCCAUUGCUUCAGUUCCCUCUUGCUGACCGUUGGUAUGAAGUGAUGCAGUUCUGCUGGCUUCAGCCAGACCAGAGGCCAAAUGCUGAGGAAGUUCACCUCCUGCUCAGUUACCUUUGUGCUAAAGGUGCCAGUGAAGCAGAGGAAGACUUUGAGAGACGCUGGAACUCCAUGAGACCCAACAUGAAUCAUGGCACCCUGCAUGGGGCUGGUCCCCUGGCCCUUGAGAUGCCUCAAUCCUCCACAACCUCCUCCUCCUUCCCCUUACUGGAACAAUUCUCUGCUGGUGAUGGCUACCAGUCAGAGUCAGGAGAUGACAUUCUAACUGUUACCGAGACCAGUCAUGGUCUGAACUUCGAGUACAAAUGGGAGCAAGCAAGAGCAAAGCAACCUUACCACUCCUCAUCCACCACUGGAACAUUAGGUCAAGGGAAUCCACACUGCCAGGAUAUCUACUACCCCCCAGGAGGGAUGGUAGGUGGAUGUGGGAUUGAUGGACUCACCUUGGGGGUCUCUCCUCAGUACUUUGAGCCUAAGCAGUUACACACCCCAGGUGUGGUACCAGUCCUCAGUGCUCAUAGUCCAUCAGUUAGUAGUGAGUACUACAUUCGUAUUGAAGAGAAUACAAAUGUCAGUAGAAUGCCAGUAGACUGCAACAUUGACUUGGAUUACACAGUGUGUGCUUACAGCCCUGAGUUUGGUGGCAGCAAUGGCAGCUUUCUCACUGGUAGUGGCGACUCAGGGGAAUGUAUGAACUUUCCCUCUGAAGGCAAGCCAAUUGAGUCGUACUGGUCAGCGGACAUCCACAAAAGCAAUGCCUAUGAUUCAGAUAGCAGUCCAGCCAUGUCCCUAACAAUGGAACCACUUCUGGGUCAGGUAUCUGAUGCCAGCCCACUAAGGCCGUGGGAAUCAGGUCACUAUGUAUCAUACAAAGAUAGGGAUGGGGGCUAUUAUUAUGAACAGUCACCUCCACUGGGUAUGGACCACUACCUGAUUGGAGACCUUUCAGAACCCCCACGGGAGAGCUGGGGGUCUCGGAACCUGAGACAGGCUCUUGGUGAACUGGAGGACCCCUUGGGGAUCUCCCCUUCUCUUGGCAGUCCCCCACAAGGCUACAGUGACCAUUACCUUGAGAGCAGCCAAGGAUCAGUAAUAGGGAAAAAUGUAACUGGGGGAUAUUAUGACAUGAUGGGUUCCUUGAGGAAGACUAUGCCAGGAAACCACUCAGUUUGUAUUGACAUUGAGUCAGGUGGAGCUGUGUUUGUGGGGCGAGAUGACAGUGAUUCAGAAGAGGAGGAGGACCUGUUCAUUGAAAGGCAAGCAAUGGGCUGGCCCAGUAACCACUCAAAAAAUAUCCUGAGCUUGUGUCGGAGACAAAGUUCAUCCAGGCAAGAUGCCUAUGCAGACUUUCACUACACCAUGCCUAUGACUGAUGUUGAGGAUGCAUGGCCAGAGGAGCAUAGCCUCCCAUAUCGCUCUGCCAAACCAAUUAAUUACCUAGAAGCUACAGUAAAAAGCAACACCUGCCCUGUGCACGGCAGGCAUGCAUCAGUAUCCUCAGCUGACUGCAGUUCCUACAUUCAUCUCUGUCAUGAACCAAGAGAAGCAGAGGUCUAUCCUGUACCGUGCUGUCAGGCUUUGAGCAACUCUCACUUUGUGGAUCCUCUCACAGGGUCAUUGGUAAGAAACUGCUUCAUGAAUGAUGUUGUCUCAGAAAAAAACCCAGGUUUAUCCAACAGAAAUCAGCAGUUAAGCCAGUCUGCUUUACCUAUUGGGCAUGUAACUUCCAAACCAGAGCCAACAAAGAACAAUGUAAAACAGACCGAGCAUUCAGAGUAUGUGGAUAUUGUAAUCAGAGAAGGAAAGCUCAAACAAGAAAGUAGCGUACAGGAAGAUACAGUUCAAACCAACCUCAAAACAGAGGUUACAACCACAUCUCAACCAUUAGAGAAACCCCUCCAUGAGCUCACUUCCACAGAACCUGAAUCAGAAGGCAGCAGGACAGGAGACAGUGGUGUGGACCGUGGACACUCCAGCAUUAGCCUGGUGGAGAUUGAUGACUGCAGUGAUGAUGACAUCACUGAUGUCACCUCAGGGAUUUUUGGUGACUUUGCAGUUGAUUAUGUGGAGACAGCUGACUAUGCCACCCAGACAUUCAAAUCAUUGCAGAAGCAGGUGGGCACACCUGACUCAAUGGAUUCCAUUGACAUACCAUCCACUGCAGGUUCCAGUGAAACUCUUAGCCCAACCUCCCUUCAUCCUUCAAGUUCACCCAGAGCUAUGGACAGUGGUUAUGACACAGAGAACAACGAGUCCCCUGAGUUUGUCCUGAAAGAGCCCCAUGAACCACAAGACACUAAAGCUUUCAUUCAGCCGUUGAUGUCAAUCUCUGACCCAUGUCCACUUAUGGUGAUGAAAGGGGAUGAUGAGAUGGGGAAAGAUGGGGAAAUACUUGAUCCACAACAAGAAGAUAUGGAGGUAGCAGUUGCCCUGACAACAUCGCAAAGCACUGAUGAAGGGCUGACUGCGCUAAGUGAGAAAACCCCAUACAGAGAUUCAGCCUACUUUUCUGACAAUGAUGCGGGGAAAGAGAAAGAAAGUGAAGAAGACAGCGAAAAAGACACUGAUGACCUUGAGAGACAGGAGGAGGAAGCAGUGGAAAUGAUUGAAAAAGAGGGACUAUUACCAAAGCAGAUGCUUGAAGAAGACAAUGAAAAGGCACACAUUGUACAGACCAUAGAAAACAGUGAAAACAUCAACAGCAAUAUAGAGGAAAGCCUGCCUUUGGAAACAGAUGAUAGAAUCUCACUUAGAACACCUGAACUCCCUGUUAUCUCUCCGCCUUCUCAUGAGAUAGCUGAAUGCCCAAAAAAUGACCAAGAUGAAGGUUUUGAGGUAGAUUCAGAUCACCAUCAAGAAGUGUUGCCAUCUGACAGUCAGUCUUCAGAUUUAACUGCCUUGCCAGGUGCAGAUACCAAGCUGGAAGACAAUGAAAUCAAGGAGACAGACCCCAUCCUUGCUGUUGAACCAUCACCCACUGAGAGCGUCACAGCCGAUGAUAAUGUUAAGACCACUCUUGACAUCAGUGAAGAUGAGCCUCAGAAGAAAACAGAGGUUACUGAAGAAGUAACAUCUACCACAUCUUCAGAGGAACUAGCACCCCAGGAAAACAGUGAUAGUGUGGGGGCUCUUGAAACUAGCACAGAAAAGAGCCUUUUAACUGAUGCAUUGGCAGAUAAGCCUGAAACUCCAGAGAGUAACGCUAAGGAUGUAUUGCAGUGCCGCAAGAGCUCCACUCGCCCAUUGUCUCCUCCCCCUCUCCCGCCACUCGAGGGCAGAGUGUCCCCAGCAGACGGAGAAGAGGCUGAUGAGGAGGAUGGGGAUUCAGAGGACAGUGAUGAAUCAGAUGAGGAGUUGCGCACCUAUAGCAUCCAGGAGCAGAGUGAGGACAGCGAGGAUGAGGCCCUGCAGGUGCCCAUAAUUGUGAGCGACUGCAGCGAUGCACACAAACUCAGAAGCCUCCUCAAGAUGCCCAGUCUACUGACCGACUCCCUCUGUGAUGAGCUAGAGUCCAAGAAGAAGGUGGUGUCCUUCUUUGAUGAUGUUACCGUCUACUUGUUUGACCAAGAAAGCCCGACUAAAGAGCUAGCUGAACAUGGUUUCCCUUUGGGAGGAGAGAAAAGCAUGCAGGGUGCAAAGGGCACAGUACCAAACCAACAGGAAAAAGUCAACGCCUCUGAUGAUUCCUCAGAUGGAAACAUUUCAGAAGAGAGUGCAGGGUUUGAGUGGGAGGAUGAUUUCCCUUUGCUGCCGCUCCCGACCUCUUCAAAGGGAUCACCUCCAGACGUCAAAGCUAAACCAAGCCUGCCCUCCAGGGCCACAAGCAGCAAACCUGUGGCACAGUUCUCCCGUUUCACUGUCUCUCCCUCCACAGUCUCACGUUUCUCCAUCACUCAUGUUUCUGACUCAGAUAUGGAUUCUGCAGGAGGGAGCAGCGAGGAUGGAGAGCGAGAGUGAGAACUGCACACCACUGCCAUCUAUGGGGAGCACUCUGCACAUACAUCUUUUUCUCCAGACCUUUUGGUCUUUGCAGUGAAAGUGAUACUGUUUCAGAGAAUCUUUUGGAUCCCAUCAAAAAACAGUGCCUAUUAUUGUUAGCAAAUACUUAUAAUGGUCUUUAAUAUGAGGCCCAAAAGAAACAAAAUAAAAAAAAUGUGGCCAUAUGCUUCUUAAAAACAAUAUUAGAAGUAGUUUAAACCUGAAUAAUAUCUUAUUUGUUGAACUCUUGCAUAUUUUAAACUAGUGACAGUUUUGAAGGGACUAUAUGUACUGUGAGGACACGGGAUUCUCCUGAAUGAAACUGUUUGCAAAGGACAUCAGGUAUGGAUAUAACCCUAACGUCCAGGCUACAAUCAACAUUUUAUCAGAAAAAGAGAAAAAAAAA